AUGGCCGCAAUUGCACAUGCCGGUACGUCCGGGGGGGGUGGAGCAGGGGGGGGCGGGGGACAGGGGGGAUCAGGCCGGGGGGGUGCGGGCGGUAGUGGCGAGCGGGGAGCGGCGGCGGACAUUUUGCGGCGGCUGCUGGCGGAGCUGUGUACGCGCACGCCGUACGCGGCGAAGGAGGAGGGCGCGCUGACGCUGCGCCAGCACGUGGAGGAGGAGGCGCGCGAUCUCAGCGGCGAGGCGUUCACGCGUUUCAUGGACACGCUUUACGAAAGGAUCAACGUGCUUGUAGAGAGUACCUCGCCGUCCGAUAAUCUCGGCGCCGUUCACGCGAUCGACGAGUUAAUCGACGUGCCGCUCGGGGAGAGCGCCGCCAAGGCGUCGCGUUUCGCGUCGUUCCUGCGGCGAAUCUUUGAGGAAAAGACAGACGCUGACACGAUCUCCGCGGCGGCGGCGACGUUGGGACACGUGGCACGCGCGGGCGGCGCGAUGGCUGCUGACGUGGUGGAGUUUCAGGUGAAGGAGGCGCUGCGGUGGCUCGAGGGGGAGCGCGUCGAGGCGCGGCGAUACGCGGCCGUGCUUAUUCUGAAAGAAAUGGCGACGAACGCGCCGACGGUCUUUAACGUGCACGUCCCGACAUUCAUCGACGUCAUCUGGGCGGCACUGCGCGACCCGAAACUCGCGGUGCGGGAGCGCGCGGUUGAGGCGCUGCGCGCGUGCCUGCGCGUUAUCGAGAAGCGCGAGACGCGGUGGCGCGUGCAGGGCUACUAUCGACUGUUCGAGGAGACCGAGAAAGGGCUGCAGCGCAGUGCGAGCGUCGAGAGCAUCCACGGCUCGCUGCUCGCGAUCGGCGAAAUGCUUCGCAACACGGGCGAAUUUAUGAUGGCGCGUUACAAGGAAGUCGCGAACAUCGUUCUCAAGUACCGCGACCAUCGCGAGCGCCUCAUCCGCCGAUCCAUCACCGCGCUGCUGCCGCGCAUCGCGCAUUUCCUCCGCGACCGCUUCGUGAGCAGCUAUUUAAAGAUCUGCAUGGACCACCUCCUAGGCGUCAUGAAGAACCCCGCCGAUCGCGACGCGGGCUUCGCGGCGCUCGGCGAGAUGGCCAGCGCCGUCGGGCCCGCGCUGCGCCCAUACCUCCCCGCGAUCUCCGCGCUCCUCCGCGAGGCGCUCACUCCGCGACGCGGGCGCGCGUCGGUGGAGGCGCUGACAUGCGUGGGGCAGCUGGUGGCGGCGGUGGGGGACGACAUGCGCGAGGUUGCGCGCGAGCUGCUCCCCGUGUGCCUGCACACGGGGCUCUCCCUCCCCCUCGUGCACACGCUCGCGCACAUCUCCGCGCACCUCCCCGCGCUCAAGCCGCUCGUCCAAUCACAGCUCAUUGAGGCCAUUACCGCCGUCCUCGCGCGCAAGCCCUCCGCGCGGAUUGGAACCAGCGCGGGCGGCGCUUUCGGCUCGCUGACGGGCGUGCGCCCGCCCGCGGGCGCAGGUGGAGGCGGAAGCGGAUCCGGGGGCUCGCUGACGCUCGGCGGAAGCGCCAGCCUGAGCAGCCUGGCGAGCGGCGCGCUGACAGGCGGGGGGGGCGGCGGAGCGGGGAGCAGCGCGGGCGGCGGAGCGGGGGGAAGCGUGGCGGGGGAACUAUCAAUGGCGGGAGUGACGCAGCUGGCGCUGUGCACGCUGUACUCGUUUGACCUAUCAGGACACGACCUGCUGGAGCUGACGCGUGUACACGUGGCGAGGUACCUGGAGGAUGAUGACGUGGCGACCAGGAGGGAGGCUGCUGUGUGCUGCGCGCACGUCCUCGCCCACACCGCCUCCGCCCUCUCCGCGCCCCCCUCCCCCUCCCCCGCACCCUCCCCGGCGUCCCAGGCAGAACCUGGUGGCGCGGGCCCAGCCUCUGGCGCUGCGGGCGGUGGGGGAGGAGCUGCGCGGGCGGCAGGGGUUGUUUCCGGCAGCGUGGGGGGCGGCAGCGGGAGGGGCAGCAGCAGUGCUGCGGCACUCAAAGUGCAGCGAAUCGCGCAGCAGCUGCUGCUACAGCCGGGCAUGCGGAAGAAGCGGCGAUGCAUUGUGGAGGACAUGCUGGAGCGCCUAUUGGUCUCCUCUGUUGCUGACGUGGACGCUGGCGUGCGCAAGGCCGUCCUCGCGUGCCUCUCCGCACCGGCCUCCACCGCACUGGACUCCUUCCUGGCGCAACCCGACUGCCUCCGCGCGCUCUUCAUCGCACUAAACGACGAGACCUACGACGUGCGAGAGCAGGCCGUUCUCCUCGCCGGGCGGCUCGCCGCCCGGAACCCGGCGUACGUGCUGCCGGCGCUGCGGCGGCAUCUGGUGCGGCUGCUGGGGGACGUGGAGCACAGCGGGGACAGCCGGCUGCGGGAGGACGGCGCGCGGCUGCUGCGCUGCCUCAUCCACUCGUGCACGCCGCUCGUGGCUCCCUACAUCGCGCCCAUCCUCAAGGUGUUCGUGGCGCGACUCAAGGCUGUCUCGGCCGCGCAUGCGGCCGCCGUGGGUACGGUGGGUGGCGGUGGGACGAGUGGGGUGGUGGCGUCAAUGCUGGCAACGGUAGGUGAGCUGGCGAAGGUGGCGGGGAGUGCGCUCACGCCCUACGUGCCCGACCUCAUGCCUCUCAUAGUGGACUCCUUGCAUGAUACCACGGGGCCGGGACCGGGAGAAAGGAGGGAGGUGGCGGUGGUGACGCUGGGGCAGGUUGUGGAGAGCACGGGUUGUGUCGUCGCGCCGUACCGCCACUACCCCCAACUUUUGGGGUUACUUCUGUCGAUGCUGAACGGGCAGCUGGCGUGGUCGAUGCGGCGGUCGGUGCUGCAGGUGCUGGGCAUUCUGGGCGCCUUGGACCCGCACGAGGGGGUGGAGGCGCGGGUGGGGGUGGCGGAGCAGCAGGGGGAGGCGGGGGGGGCGGGGGAGCGGGAGCAGGGGGAGCGGCGGGAGGAGGAGGGGCGGGGGGGAGGGGGUGGGAGGGGCGGGGCGGCGGGAGGCGGAGCAGGGGGCGCAGCUGGGGCGGCAGGCGGGGCAGUGGGACCAUUGCAGCCACCGCGCGUGCUCCAGGGCUUCGACCGCAUGGGUGGCAUGGGCGGCGACGACCCACUGACAGACGUGCCGUCAGCGGGAGGCCUAACAGACGAGUACUACUCCACAGUGGCCAUCUCCGCUCUCCUCCGCAUCCUGCGCGACGGCGCCCUCGCAGCCUACCACCUGCGCGUCGUCAGCUCGCUCAUGUUCAUCUUCCGCACCAUGGGGCUCGCCUGCGUGCCCUUCCUCCCAAGAGUGCUCCCGGAGUUGUUCAAUGUCAUGCGCGCGUGUGACGAGAGCCUCAGGGAGUUUCUCUUCUGGCAGCUGGCGCAGCUGGUCGGCAUCGUUCGGCAGCACAUGCGCAAGUACCUGCCGGAGAUCACCGCCCUGAUCCACGACUUCUGGCACCCGCUGCUGCUCUCCGUCUUCCCCCGCCCGCCCGCACCCUCCCCCGUGCUCAACCUAGUGGAGCAACUCGCCCGCGCCCUCCCCGAGGACUUCAAGGCGUGCCUCCCGGACUUGCUCCCGCGGUGCGUGGCGGUCGUGGCGGACGCGGAGCGCAGCGGCGACUACAAGCGCGUGCCGCCCGUGCUGCACGCGUUUGAGGUGCUGGGCGGCAGCAUGCUGGGCGGCGACAUGGAGCCGCACAUGCACCUGCUGCUGCCCGCCGUGGUGCGCCUCUUCAAGCCCGGCGUGUCCGACGUGCCGCUGCCCAUCCAGCGCGCUGCCGUGCGCACGCUCACACGCCUGCUGCCCUCCUUGCACGUGGCGGACCAUGCGGCGGCCAUCCUGCAUCCGCUGGCGCGCGUGCUGGACGGGCCCAGCGAGGAGCUCCGCAGGGACGCCGCUGACGCCAUCUGUGACCUCGCUCUCGCCCAGGGACCCGACUUCGCCCCAUUCAUCCCCACCAUCCGCCGCCUCCUCUCCCGCCACCGCCUCUCCAGCGCGCGAUUCGACGCCAUAGCAGCGUGCCUGCAACGCCGCGACCCCUCGCUGCUGCUCAACCUCCCCCCCGCCGCCCACUCCUCCCUCCCCCGUGUUCCCUCCUCCGCCUCCUUCGCCGGGGGGAGCACCUGGGGGAGCUCCGAUAAUCUCGUAGGCCAGGGGGGAGCGGCUGGGGGAGGGGGGGGGACGCAGGGGGGAGGAGGGGGAGGCGCGGGCGGGCAGGGGGCGGGAGGAGGAGCGGGGGGCGGAGGCAGGGGCGCGGGCGGCACAGGCGCUGCGGCUGCUGGCGGCGCUGGCGGUGGUGCUGGUGGCGGCGGGGGAGGGCCACUAAAUGCCACGGUUGGGUUCGAUGAGGACUGGGGCUUCGACUUCGACGGCAUGGGGUCGUCCCUCGACGCCGUCGGCAGCGCUGGCGGCCCCGGCGGCACCUCCAGGGGCGGCGGCGGUGGCGGCGGCGGCAACAGCAGCAGCAGCGGUGGAACCAACUUGGGUUUAUCAGCUUCAGGCACCUUACGGGUGAACGAGGGGCAGCUGAGGAAGGCAUGGGAGUCGUCUCAGCGCAGCACGCGGGAGGACUGGGCGGAGUGGAUGCGCCACUUCUCUGUAGAACUCCUCAAAGAGUCGCCUUCCCCCGCCCUGCGCACGUGCGCCACGCUCGCGCCCCUCCAACCGCACGUGGCACGGGAGCUGUUCGCGGUGGGGUUCGUGAGCUGCUGGCAGGAGCUGAACGACGCCAGCCGCGACCAGCUCGUGCACUCCCUCGAAGCCGCCUUCGCCUCGCCCAACAUCCCCCCGGAGAUCCUCGCAACGCUGCUCAACCUGGCGGAGUUCAUGGAGCAGAACGAGUGCCCGCUCCCCGUCGACAUCCGCACCCUCGGCGCCUUAGCGGAGAAGUGCCACGCAUUCGCCAAGGCGCUGCACUACAAGGAGAUGGAGUUUGAGGUCGACCCGGCGGCGACGGUUGAAGCGCUGAUUCACAUCAACAAUCAGCUGCAGCAGCACGAGGCGGCGGUGGGCAUGCUCGUGUACGCGCAGCGGCACCUGGCCGUGCAGCUCAAGGAGCCGUGGUAUGAGAAGCUGCAGCGCUGGCACGACGCGCUCGCCGCUUAUGAGCGCCGGGCGGCCGCUGCUGUGGCGGCCAUGGGGGGCGGGGUCGGGGGAGGCGGAGCGGCAGCGGGAGGCGUCAUGGGGCAGACGGGGAUGCUUCUCUCUGGCGGGCCCGGCGCUGCUCCCGGGGGCAUGCACCCCGGCAUGCACCCAUCCAUGCCGGUGUCGGCGUCAGCAGCAUCAGCGGCGUCAGCGGCGCUGCUAGACGCCACGCUGGGCCGCAUGCGGUGUCUGGGCGCGCUGGCGCGGUGGGAGGAGCUCUCUGCGCUCUGCCACGACGCCUGGCCGCCCGCUGAGCCCGCCGCGCGCGUGCAGAUGGCGCCGCUGGGGGCGGGAGCAGCGUGGAACAUGGGGCGGUGGGAUGACAUGGCGGAGUAUGUCUCCGUGCUGCCUGAUGGGGGGGAUGAUGCCGGUGGGGCGUCCAUGGGUGGGUUUGGCGGGAUGGGCGGCGGUGGCGGGAGGUUCGGCGCGGUUCUGCCGAUGCAGCAGCACCAUAGCUUGGCGGGAGGUUCGGGGGUGGGGUCAGGUUCGGGGCGCAGCGACGGGGCGUUUUUCCGCGGCGUGCUGGCGGUGCGGCACGGGGCGUUCGGGGAGGCGAGGGAGUUCGUGGAAAGAGCGCGGAAGCUUCUGGCGACGGAGCUGGCAGCGCUGGUACUGGAGAGUUAUGAGAGGGCGUACGGGGACGUGGUGAGGGUGCAGCAGCUGUCUGAACUUGAGGAAGUUAUAGACUACUGCUUGCUGGGGGCAGAUGCAGGGGGGGGAGCAGCUGGUGGGGGCGUGGGAGGGGGUUUUGGAGGGAUGGACGGAGGUGGGGUAAUCGGAUUUGGAGGGGAGGAGGGGCACAUGGGCGCGGGGGAGGUUGAGGCGAGGAAGGCUCUGAUCCGGCAGAUGUGGCGGGAGAGGAUCAAGGGUGCGCAGCGCAACGUGGACGUGUGGCAGGCGCUGCUAGCCGUGCGAUCCCUCGUCCUACCCAUGCACGAGGACGCCCACACGUGGCUCAAAUUCGCCUCUCUCUGCCGCAAGAGCGGGCGCGUGAGUCAGGCCCGAGCCACCCUCCUGAGGCUGCUGCAGCACGACCCUGCCGGGGCCAGGAUGCUCGGGCUGGAUGUUCACGAGGGGGAGGGCGGUGCGGUUACCAGCAUUGGCACUCCGGGCGGCGGACUGGCGGUGGUGGCCGGUGCGGGGGCGGCUGGGGCAGUGCCGCUGCUGCGGCUGCCUUCGGUGGGGUUGCGGGGCGGGGCGGGCGCGGGAGGAGGAGUGCUGGGGGGAAGCGGGUUGGGCAGUCCCUCAUCCACUCCCCCUCUACUCAUCCCAGCCAUGCCACACGUGGUGCUGGGCUAUCUCAAGUACGCCUGGGCGCUCGCCUCCGACGUCAACCGCCGCAACGCCUUCCGCUGCCUGCAGGAUCUCGCUGCCGCGCUCGCAGCCACUCACGGCGCGCCACCUGGCACCGCCGCCCUGGGGCUCGGGAUGGCUUCGGCGUCAAGCUUGGGGGGGGCGCGGCCGGUGUCUCCUCUGCCCGGCAUGACCUCGCUCCCACACACCGGCCACUCACCCCCUCCCCCCUCUGCUAUCCCAGGGCUCCCCUCCUCCUCCUCCCUCGCAGCACCGUCAGCAGGAGCAGCAUGGGCUGGAGCAGCAGCAGGAGGCACAGGGGAGGGCAGCAGCAGCGGCAUGGCGCACGGGGCGCCCCUUCUCUCGCGGGUGUACCUGAAGCUGGGCACGUGGCAGUGGUCGCUCCACCCCACCCUCUCCGACUCCUCCGUCGCCGAGAUCGGCACGUCCCUGCGGGCGGCAACAGAGCUGGCGCCAGAGUGGGGGAAGGCGUGGCAUCGCUGGGCGCUGUUCAACACGGCAGCCAUGACGCAUUUCACGCAGAGGGGCAACGCACACGCCGCUCAGAACCACCUCGUUGCCGCCAUUGCGGGGUUCUUCCGGUCCAUUGCGCUGGCCACGGCAGGCGGGACGGCGAGCCAGGCAGGCGGGCGAGCGGUGUUUGCUGCUGCUGGUGUGGGGGUAGGGGGAACAGGUGGUGCAGGUGAUGGAAAGGGGAUGGGGGCGGGCGGGGGAGGGGGGGUGGCGAAGGGGCUAGGAUCGGGGAAGGGCGCGGGGGACAGCCUGCAGGAUAUUCUGCGGCUGCUGACUCUCUGGUUCCGGUACGGCGCUACAGCCGACGUGCAAACGGCGCUACAGGAGGGGUUCACGCACGUGAACAUCGACACGUGGCUGCACGUCAUCCCUCAGAUCAUCGCUCGCAUCCACAACAACGUGCCCGCCGUCCGCUCCCUCGUGCAAUCAUUGCUCAUCCGCGUCGGGCGGCAUCACCCGCAGACGCUCAUGUUCCCGCUGCUCGUCGCCUGCAAGUCCAUGUCGCUCUCGCGCUGCGCCGCCGCACAAGCAGUCCUGGACAACAUCCGCUCGCACUCUGCCGCUCUGGUGGAGGCAGCACAGCUGGUGUCUGUGGAGCUGAUCCGAGUGGCCAUCCUGUGGCACGAGAUGUGGCACGAGGCGUUGGAGGAGGCCUCGCGGCUGUACUUCGGAGAGCGCAAUGUGGACGGCAUGCUGGCCGUGCUCGCUCCGCUGCACGCGCUGCUCGAAACCGCCGGCCCGGAAACCAGCACGGAAGCUGCCUUCGUGGAAGCGUACGGGCGGGAGUUGGCGGAGGCGGCGGAGUGCUGCGCCAACUACAGGCGGACGGGGAGAGAGGCGGAGCUGACACAGGCGUGGGACCUGUACUACCACGUGUUCAAGCGCAUCAACAAGCAGCUCCCCGCGCUCACCACUCUCGAGCUCCUCCAGGUGGCGCCUGCGCUGGUCAACGCCCGCGACCUCGCUCUCGCUGUCCCCGGCACGUACCGAGCCGGCCGGCCGACAGUGACGAUCGCCGGGUUUGCGCCGCAGCUGCUGGUGAUCACGUCCAAGCAGCGGCCACGGAAGAUCUCGAUCUUGGGAUCCGACGGCCGGGAGUACGUGUUCCUGCUGAAGGGCCACGAGGAUCUACGGCUGGAUGAGCGCGUGAUGCAGCUGUUUGGGCUGGUCAACACGCUCCUGGCCGGCGCCAGGUCAGCAGCUGACAAGGACCUCUCCAUCGAACGGUACGCAGUGGUGCCGCUGUCGCCCAACAUUGGUCUCAUCGGGUGGUUACCACAUUGCGACACGAUGCACCAGCUGAUUCAGGAGUACCGCGAGGCACACAACAUCGCAGUGAACCUCGAGAGGCGCCUCAUCCUGAGCUUCGCCCCAGACUACGACCACCUCACUGUCAUCGGGAAAGUGGAAGCGUUCGAACACGCGCUGGACAGCACGCCAGGGAACGACCUGGCGCGGGUGCUGUGGCUCAAGAGCCGCAGCGCUGAGGUGUGGCUGGAUCGCCGGUGCAACUACACACGGAGCCUCGCCGUGAUGAGCAUGGUGGGGUAUAUCCUCGGGCUGGGAGACCGCCACCCGAGCAACCUCAUGUUGGAUCGCUACUCGGGGAAGAUUAUCCACAUUGAUUUCGGUGAUUGCUUCGAGUCGUCCAUGCACCGCGAGAAGUUUCCCGAGAAGUUCCCGUUCCGGCUGACGCGCAUGCUGGUGAAGGCGAUGGAGGUGAGCGGCAUCGAGGGCACGUUCCGGUUCACUUGUGAGGCCGUGAUGGCAGUGCUGCGGCAGCACAAGGACUCCGUGCUCGCCAUGAUGGAGGCCUUCAUGUACGAUCCCCUCAUCAACUGGCGCCUUAUCAAUCGCACCGGCGCCGCUGCCGCCGCCGCCGCCAGCACCACUGCUGCUGCCGGGGCAGGGGGAGGAGGUGCGGGUGGUGGCGGGGCAGCGGGCGGGGGAGGCGGCGGGGCGGUGCAGUCGCCGCCGCCGCAGCGGGGCGCGCGGGAGCGGGAGAUUCUGCAGGCGCUGGGGCAGCUGGAUGACGCCCAGGAGGUGCUGAAUGAGCGCGCAGUGGCGGUGAUGACCCGCAUGAGCAACAAGCUCACGGGUCGCGACUUCCCCCCUCUCGCUGCCUCUGCCGCCCCGGCCGCUUCUCUCCCGGGAGCCGUGCCGGAGUCCCCUCGCACGGGCAGCGGCAAUAGCUUGCUGGGAGACAGUGGGCGCAGCUUGGAGCGGACCACGUCGGCCAUGGCUGCUGCGGCGAUGGGGAGUGGUGGUGGGGUGAUAGCGGAGGGGCGGGAGAGCGAGCCGGGGGUGAGUGUGAAGGAGCAGGUUCAGCGGCUGGUGGUGCAGGCCACCUCGCAUGAGAAUCUCUGCCAGAGCUACAUCGGCUGGUGCCCCUUCUGGUGA